UUCAGUGGCUCAAGGAAAACUGUGCCACAACUGAGGACUUGUCUGCCGAUCCUGCGUGGAAAUGUGCUAUAACGUUACAUGGGUAUCACUGGUUUAGUGAGUGGGCCGCAAACCGCUCAACAGUAGAGUCCGAUAAUGCUCGUGCUCUGGUUAAUUUUGCUGCAGAUAGGAGCGCUCACGUCAUGGCCGUAAAUUCACAGCACAUUCCAGCCAGGAAGGCUCAGAAAUUACAAAAAUUAUCGGCAAAAGAGUUUCGCGCGGUGCCUUCGGUUCUCUUUGCGUGUAGGGGUCUGCCGCUGAUGCUGCUAGAAAAUGUAGCACCCAGCUUCGGGCUAUUUAACGGGUCUCAGGUAGAGUUUGUGGGUCCCCUAUAUCUAGAAGAUGAUUUGCUUGUGACUAUUAGCCGUCGCGACUUUGCGGAAAAAGUACGUGUUGAAGGUGUGACACUUGUGGAGCCUAUCGACACGCCCCAUUCAGAUAGGGAAAACGUUUAUCAGGUGCCGGUGGGAAGCGUCAUCGUUAAAGUAAAUGGCAAUGAUUUAGAGGGUAACUGUCUGGAUGAACUAGUGGCCACCGCGGACCCUGUUAAGCUAGUUUUGCGCACACCAAAGUGUGCGCCUCAUUUGCCCGAGUUUAUUGUCGUUCGUGUUCCUGGCUAUACCGCCAACGGUGGUCAAAACGUUCUAGGCAUAGAAGACGCAGAUGAUCUUGUUCCCAUCCGUGCAGUGAAACGCGGCCGUGCAUCUCGCAAAAAGGGCAGCGCUGUUUCUGAAGAUAACUGUUCUGAAUUUCGCGUAGGUUUUCCGCUCGAGGGGGGCAGCGCGUUUACCGGCUUUAAAGGCCAGGGUGCCACUUUGUCUCGGGUAGAAGUUAAAGUAAAGGAAUGGGUGGGCAAUCCGGGCUUUUGGACUGUCGUAGUUUCGCGCGUUAAACAUCCAAAGCACAUGUACAUUCCUGAGACAGAAUGGCCUACCGCGCAGGAAAUAAAUGUUCAGCGCCUUAAUGAUGACGUCAUUGAAGCAGAAAUUUUUGAGCGCCAAAUGCGCAUUAAUGCCGCCAAAACGUGGCGUCUUUACGUAGAGAUAGAGGGCGGAGCUGAAUGGUCACGGGAGCAAAAUUUGAUUGCAGAUUACGUACACAGGGCGUGGAGACAGCAUCAUGUUCAGGACGUAGGUGAAAUUGUUUUGCAAUGUCUCGCUGCUUCCGGCAGACAUGUAGAAAUGGUGGAAGUCGUAGCGGUUAUAAACAAAAUGUUAGCUACAGAAGAAAGCCUGAUACUCGCCAGGCCCAUCUAUUUGACUCAGUCCAAACACAGACAGCUAGAGAUGAGUGUUCCCAAGCGUAAGCGGUCUUCAACCGGGGCUAAAAGGCCAGCGUCCACUUCAGUUAGUCGCGGACGACCCGCCAAGCGGGGUCGCAAAACUGGUAGGCCUGCACAGUAAUGCUAUCUUUUCAUCGGAUAGAAUACGACCGACACUAUGUCACGCGCGUGUCAAUGGGCUCCACAAGGUGGUUACGUUACGUGUUUGGAAGCAGAAUAUCACACAGUUAGGUCGGUGUUGAAUUCGGGGUCUGGGAGGCCUAGGCCAACCGGUAUUUCUUUCUUUCUGCCCUUAGCCCUUUCUACCGUAGGAGCUUCCGGGGUUUCUUUCCUUAACACACCCAUCAGCAGUGCACAACUGCACAUUUUUACGCUGGUCCGGUGCCAUUAAUAACGCUCAUGGUGUAUGCACCAGCUGGUCAAUUCGCGUCACUGGUAGGAAGCUGUCAAAAAAGUGGUACUAGGUCGCUAGGCGUUCAUUCUAUUAUACCUAGGUAGGAGGAUGUAAAGAGCCUGAAAAUAAGUACAUAGGUGAAAAAUCUCGAGGCUGCACUGUCCCCGCUCAUUGUUCUUCUCCCAUAGCAGUCUCCAAGGUAUGAACUUACGGAACCUUGCCCAGGCGUGGGAUGAAUAUUAGAUCUUUGAAUCGUCACGGCUAGUCACAGCUCUCCGGUUCGCCGGAGAUUGCAGGCGAGGCCCUUAGGUAAAUUAGGUUAGAUCGAAUGAAGUAGGUAUACGGAUAGUGGGAAGGUGACGUAAGUUCUGCCUAGAGACUGCUAUCCCUCACCCCGUCGCCGUAAUUAAAUGAGGGGUUUACUGAACCUUAGGUAGGCUAAAAACGAAACGACAUUAAGCAAUCUAUUCCAAUUCCAACACUCAGAGACUGCAUUUGUGCUUGCAUGUCAUUUUCCA